CACUGUAGGUUUAUAGUUUGAUGAUUACACAGUAGUACCAAAUAGUAUAAUAGCGCAGGUAAUAACACACUGCGUAGUGAUGUUGAAGUCGUAGGAUUCGACAGUAGCUGUUAUUAGGCUAAACAAGUAUUAGAUUAAAUUACGAUACUUUCGCUGUAAAGGCAAAGCGGGCCACCGUAUAGCGUCACAUGUUGACAGUCUGGACCACGUGACUGUUGAUGGCCCCAGCUCGAGCCGUCCGGAACAGUGUCGUAAAUUCCAGAACCAACCAAAGUGUGGUCAAUAAAACAGCUUUUUGUGAGGAUACCAUCUGAAUACACCAACUAAACACCCGCAUUUUAAUGUUAACACUUGAUGAACGCAGUGGGUUGUCUCUGGCAAGCCUUGAGCUAGCGUGUGGCUACUAGCAAGAAAGUAUUGGAAACUAAAUACUUAUCUUGUAUUGGCCCAUAAGACAGAGCAAGAGUAAAGGGCUCCAGAUGCGGCUAAAAGACCCAUUCUCCCUGAGAGCCGCCGACAUGACCAAGCGGACUAAUCGACCCAGGAAGCCUCGGGAUGAGGACUCAUCGGAUGAAGUCAGCGGUUUGACCUGCCAGCAUGUGAGCAAGGCAGUAGACCUGAGCUCAGUGAAGAAGAUGGUGAGCGCCAGCAUGUGGUCAGUGUGCUCUGACUGCCUCAGGGAGAGAGCCUUGAUCGAUGGGGAGCCUGCAUGUUCCCAUGACAUCCUGGUCUGCCUCAAGUGUGGAUAUCAGGGCUGUAACCAGUCAGAGACCCAGCACUCUACCAAGCAUCACCACGCUCUCCACUCAGAGUCCCACUUCAUCACCAUCAGUCUCAGCACCUGGAAGGCCUGGUGUUUUGAAUGCAAUGAAGAGCUCUCCACUCACUGUAACAAGAAAGCUUUGGCUCAGACCCUGGACUUUCUACAAAAGCACUCUGUCAAGGCAACAUCAGGCACACCUCCUAAAAUCCUGAAGCUGCGUGAGGAGGCUGCUGACCAUGUCGAUCCCGCCAGAGGGAAGAGCAGCGCCUUCAACAGCACGCUGGCUGCUGUGAAAGGCAUCAAUAACCUGGGAAACACCUGCUUCUUCAAUGCCGUAAUGCAGAACUUGUCCCAGACCCACAUGCUCAUUGACCUUAUCCAAGAACUGAAGGAGAAGGGCUACAAAAUGAGGAUCUGCCCCCCUGCAGAGAGCAACCUGAGUCUGCUGACGGUGACGCUGCCCAGCCCAGAGCCCUUGACGUCGGCCAUGUUCCUCUUCCUUCACACCAUGAAGGAGCCCGGGAAAGGACCGAUCAGCCCCAAGAUCCUCUUCAACCAGCUGUGCCAGAAGGCUCCACGCUUCAAGGGCUAUCAGCAGCAGGACAGCCAGGAGCUCCUGCACUAUCUACUGGACUCUAUACGAGUAGAGGAGACCAAGAGAGUAAAGGCCAGCAUCCUCAAAGCUUUUAACAACCCUACAGAGAAGACUGCAGAUGAGGAGACUAAACGACAUGUUAAAGCGUAUGGAAAGGAGGGUGUGAAGCUGAAUUUUGUGGACCGGAUCUUCGUGGGGGAGUUAACCAACACCAUCAUGUGUGAGGAAUGCGGGCAUAUCUCUACAGUGAAAGAGGCCUUCAUCGACAUCUCUCUUCCCAUCAUUGAAGAAAGGAUUUCCAAACCGUCCAACCCUGGCAGGCUGAGCAAAAGCCCCCGGGACCAGGAUGUCCACUUCCUCCAGUCCGACGCAGUCCACGCUGCUGCCCCCGCCCUGAGCAGGAACACUAGGAAGCCCAGCAGCCAGAAGCAUCCGCUGAGGAGGUCUUCAGGAUCGGUGGAGGAGGAAGGAGCCGACCGGCCCCACGAAGAUGAGGAGGAGGCCCCCCUGGCGGCGGCGGCGGCGGCGGCGCGGCCAGUGGUCGGGGCCGGUUCUCUCCUGAGCCGCGUGGGGUCGGUCGGCAGCCACUCUGACUCCAGCGACAAAGACCCGUGCGCCCAGGACAGCAGCAACGACGCCGACAGCGAGGCCUCUGAGAGCGAGUGGACCCCGCGGCCCCCCUCCAGGUACGGCCGCGCGGGCCCGGCGCCACCCUCUCCCUCGUCGCCGAGCCCCCCGCUGAGGCCCUCCCCCACCGGCUCCGUCGCACUGCCCCGGCCGGGCGGGGCGGUGGAGCAGCUGGUCAGCGCAGUCUCCAAGAUGAACCUGGGCCCCUCUUUCCCCGGGGAGGGCUCCCCGGCGGCCCGCUUUCCCGCGGAGGACACUGUGGAGAAAGCGGCGCCCCAGGCCCGAGACAACCUUCACCACCACCACCAUCAGCAGCAGCAGCAGCACCCGCUCCCCCAGGGGGCUUUCCAGGCCCUCUCCCACAGCUACACACCCAGCUCCAAGGAGUGCUCGGUGCAGUCCUGCCUGCACCAGUUCACCUCCGUGGAGCUGCUGAUGGGCAACAACAAGCUGCUGUGUGAGAGUUGCACCGAGCGCAGGCAGAAGACGCUGCGCAAGAGCGGCUCGGCCGAUAAAAGGUCUGAGAAGGUCUACACCAGCGCUAGGAAGCACAUCCUGAUCUCCUCGCUGCCUCCGGUGGUCACCCUACACCUGAAACGCUUCCACCAGGCCGGAAUGAACUUGCGUAAGGUGAACCGCCACGUGGACUUCCCCCUGGUGCUGGACCUGGCUCCUUUCUGCUCUGCUACCUGCAAGAACCUGGGUUCUGGGGAGCGUGUUCCCUACAGCCUGUAUGGCAUCGUGGAGCACAGUGGGUCAAUGCGCGGGGGCCACUACACGGCCUACGUCAGGGUCCGACCGCCCCAGAGGAGGGCUGAACACCAGCGCAGGAAUGCGUCAGGUGCAAGAGAAGCCUCCGGCCCUUCUCAGAGCCAGUGGGUGUACGUCAGCGACACCACAGUGCAGACGGUCCCAGAAUCCAGGGUCCUCAACUCUCAGGCCUACCUUCUGUUCUACGAGGAAAUGCUGUAACGAACCCGCAACGUUUCCAGUCCAUUUCGUCUUUUUCCUUGCAUGUCUGUCUUUUUUUCUUUCUUUUUUUACCUGUUGUCAGCAUACAGCCUGUACUCGCUCCUUCUACUGUACUUAAUCGGCAGACUAUUGAAGGAGGAGGGACUUGUUUUUUUUUUUACAAAUCAACUCUUUGGGCUUCUUCUAUUCCUGCAGCAGUUUUACAAGCAAGGGGUGGAUACCUGUCUCUUCGUGAUGCAACAGUGAUGCAAUGUUUUAAAUGUGAAGUGGAGUAACUUAAAGAUUAUUUUUAUUUUUUACAAAAUACUAUAUAAUGCAUUGAACUAUCGCUUCAUCUGCGAUGCAAGUGAGGACUGGCCGGCUGAAGAACUGUAAAUGCUUCUAUCUGACAGGACAUAAAGUGGUGUUGAACUGGAGUGCAAAGAGUGCAACACCUUUUAGGUGGCUCCCAAGGCCUGCAUAGAACUCGUACAUGCAUGGGUUUGCAAAAUAACAGCUGUUUUCAAAAGGUAUUCUGACAUUUAUUUAAAGAAUUGUGUGUAUAUUGAGAAAGAAAAGAGUAUUGACUUGAAGAAGUAUAAGUACAGCAAAAGGAAGUGGUUAUUUGCAAGGUAUGGUAGAAUGUAUUGCAGAUUUUUGUACAUUGGAAUGUAUGAUUGUAUGACUAUCACUUAGCUUGCCCAAAAAGGGAUUUUGUAUCAUAAGAACAUCUGUCAGAAAACCAUUGCUUUUGGUAUACAUGUUUAAUAGUUGUUCCAUCAAGGGCAUCCAUCUGAUGCAUGAUGGUUCACACUAAAUAAAGGAUUUUCCUUUCUAUCAGGCUAACAAAGCACUUCUGUCUGCACUAGGUUUUAACUCUGAUCGUAUCAGUAUCCCAAGUAGCAAGCCUGCCGUUCCUCUCAAUGUCAGUUCAUAGCUCAGGCACAACUAUGGUUACAGAGUAAAAAAAAUGUCUUGUAAAAAAAAAAAAUAGUAUUUAAGCUGAAGCCUUACCAAAAGAAAGUUGUGUGCAUAGGCUCAUUGUAUAUUGAAUGUAUAUUGCUUAAUCUUAAAUAGACAAAAAAUUCGAUUUUUUUAGGUGAUUUACCUCUUCAAUACAUGCAUAGAAAACAGUCAACUUUUAUUUCCCAAUGGCCCACAACUCAGUGCCUAUGCUUCAGGUUAAAUAAACAUGCAUGGUACAAGGAAGACCAUGAUUUUAAAGAGGAAAUGUGAGAUACCGACAUUUACGUGUGGUGGCAGACUCGUGCAGGGUUUGUACCCGUUCAUGCGCAAUUUUUUUUUGGAUUGUUCAAUUCAAUGUAACUGUAAAACAGUUGCUGUGUGUCACAUCACGUGAAUACAAUAAAAUAAAACAUCUUAUUUAUGAACUUCAUAUUUUAAAUGUAUUUUUUUUGGUAAUUGUGGUAACUAUUUAGAUGUUCAACUUCACUAAUACUACUAUGUACGCCAAAUGUUUUCCUUUUAACUAAUAUGAUAUAUAAUCAAUUAGCAAUCAUUCUAUUGUAGUUGUAGGAAGAAGCUGAAACAUUGCUCUUUUUCUGGUGUUAACUAACGAUCAGCAACAAUCAGCCUAUUAUUUGAGAAAUUCAACAAAUAUUCAUAUUUUAUGUCGUAUUUUUUGUUCUGUAGAUAUAAACAUUCUUCCAGUAACCUGCACACGUAGGCCUACCCCUAGGUUACCCUUAUGUCCACGGCUGGGGAUAACUGGACUCCAGCCUGUGCGGAACUAUAUCUGCCUCAUCCUCAACGUUGGCCUAAAUGUCACUGAUGCCCUUUAUAGAAGAUUGCGUGUGUUGGGUGCGGUUUUUCCUUGCUGUCUCUCUGCAUCCCACAGUGCCAUAUUCAGUCCAUGGUGACUGGCGAUUCGGCGUGACAGGUGCGAAGCAGCUCUGUUUUUAGGGACAUGUCGCCGGCUGGUGAAGGGAAGGUGGGUGUGGAAUCAAGAAAAGGGCAACGUCCAAAGACAUCGGAUCUGUCCGACCUCCACGCUGAAUCUGUUGUCACGCUGUCGGCGCGCAGUAUCAGGGUGUCACUUGCCGCCACCAACAAAAUAACAUUGAUUCGGGAAUGUCUAUUUUUUAAAUGAGGGCCGUUUCACUGCUGGUGCUUCGUUUCGAUUGGGGUUGUUCUGCUCAAGAAGCCCAUGUGAUUUGAUCUCCCGCCUCGUCCUAUCUCCAGAUGAACCAUGCUCGAGGUCGGCGUCGCUGAUGAGCCAGGAGGAGUAGCCUCCAGCAAAGAAACAAGGGCAAACGUUCUGCCGUGACGUCACCCUGUGGAUUC